ACGGGAUAAUCAUUAAACGACCUGGCAUCCCUGCGUAUAAGUAGAAAUUUGUUAUAAACAAACAGUUUUAAACAUAUCUAUCGGAAAUGAUUUUAGAAUUUUUCAGACGUCAUAAAUGAUGAGAAAAACAAAAAUGGAUAAAAAAACUGACAUAAAGAUUGAAUUUGCUGUGCAAAUCUCUAGCCAUCAAUGUGUUGAGAAAGUUCACGAAGCACUUGCGGAUGUCGGUAAGGUACAUAUAGAUCCGAAAAAAGGAAGUGUGCUAGUGGAGACGGCUCUGCCGUGGAUUGAAAUACAACGUCGUAUUGAAGCUACUGGCAGACGAGCUGUGCUUUCAGGCUUUGGUGGACAAUCAGCGGUAUCCAUCGUGAACUAUGGUAAUAACGAUAGCAAGAUAUGCGGAGUGGUACGAUUUUGCACACUCAUUGAUACGGGAACAGUUGUAGAUGGAAUAAUUGAUGGAUUGGAUGCAAAUAAGUCAUACAAACUAAACGUUCAUGAGUGUGGUGAUAUGUCGAAAGGAUGUGCUUCUGUGGGUGAAAUAUACAAUUGCAACGAUAUUCAGUCGGAUGAAAACGGCAGAGCCACUAUAAGAUUUUACAAGGAGGAACUUGCUGUGGAAGAUCUGAUUGGAAGGUCCGUAGUUAUAGCCAAAGAAUGUAAUAACGACAGGUUAGCUUGCGGAAUAAUAGCUCGAUCGGCUGGAAUUUUCGAAAACUAUAAAAAGAUAUGUGCUUGUGAUGGUGUAACGCUUUGGGAUGAACGUGAUAGACCACUGGCUGGAAAUAAUCGUCGCACAGAGGAACAGAAAUCAGUCUUAGAAAAAACAGGACGCUGAUUCUAUAACAAAUUAUUUUAAAAGGGAGGCUUUUUUGAUGCUUGGCUAGUAAAGGAAGGAAUGAAAUUCCUUUUAAAA